UGAAAUGCGCUCCACUGCCCGGUAUGCUGCUGCAGCUGAACGCCAGUGGUACCAACCCACAGGCAGCUUAGACAUCACAUUUCAGCCUUUUUCUACAGAUUCUUCACUCGUCGGAAUCUAACUGUGCUCUACAAAUGCAAGCUAUCAAGUGUGUUGUUGUCGGCGACGGUGCCGUGGGUAAGACAUGUCUUCUCAUCAGCUACACCACUAAUGCCUUCCCAGGAGAGUAUAUACCGACAGUGUUUGACAACUACUCUGCUAAUGUUAUGGUGGAUGGCAAACCUGUCAACUUAGGCCUGUGGGAUACAGCUGGACAAGAGGACUAUGAUCGCCUUAGACCACUCUCCUACCCUCAAACGGAUGUAUUUUUAAUUUGCUUCUCACUGGUGAGCCCUGCUUCAUUCGAGAACGUAAGAGCAAAGUGGUACCCGGAGGUUCGCCAUCACUGUCCAAACACUCCCAUCAUACUUGUGGGCACCAAGCUUGAUCUGCGAGAUGACAAAGACACAAUUGAACGUCUUCGAGAUAAAAAACUGGCGCCCAUCACUUACCCACAAGGUCUUGCCAUGGCUAGAGAGAUCGGUGCUGUUAAAUAUCUGGAGUGCUCCGCCCUUACUCAGAGGGGUUUAAAAACCGUGUUUGAUGAGGCCAUCCGUGCUGUUUUGUGCCCUCCACCUGUAAAGAAAAGGGGCAAAAAGUGUACUGUAUUUUGAGGAACACUACAACUACUUUCUUCAUUGAUAUGCCAUGUAAACAGCUUCUCAUUUGCUAAAUCCUACAUGUGUGAUGACAGACUGUAGAGGCAUACAUUUCAAUGGAAUGUCUGAUGUAUCAGAUAUAUGAAACAUAAAUAUGCCAAAUUUGCUUUCUUUGCCUUAAACAAUUGGAUUAACAUGUAAUUUUAUUGGAAAAGGGCAUAAGACAAAAACAUGCGUCACAAUAUACAAUUACUUACUAAAGGAAAAUAUAGAUAACACAUGAAUUCAGUUUUUAUUCAACUUUGUUAGACAUUAUAAUUUGCUCUGUUUGCCCCAACAAGCUUGUCAUUUUUCAGAGCUUAUAGACCGUUUCAUCGGACGCGCGCACGCCUGACCCCCAGUUAACUUCCAGUUUGUGUUUGGCUAGUGUCUAAUGAUAUAACUAUUUAUAUUUAAUUUAUGUUAAUAUUAAUUUGUAUUAUUAUUUUACUUUAUAAUAGGCUAAUUGUAUUAAAUAAACAAUUUGUUGAAUGGGUCCUGUAGUUCGGUCGCAUUUAAACAAACCGUAUGGUGCAUUGAUAUCUAUUGGUUGAGCUUGGUAUCGGAGUCUAAAUAUAAAAUAGUUAAGAAAGUCUAGCCAAGAAAUGGUUUCUUUUGAUUGUUAUCAGAAAUAAUCUACAGGCACUCUAUUGUUUGUGAAUGUUUACCGGAAGUUCAGCUGGGGUCACAAAAGUGCGCAUGCACAGUAACGUUUGUUUUUUUGUUAAGAUGAAACCGUCUACAGUGUGGACAUUGUGGAAAUGUGAAUAUUGAUAUUUCAUCUGCAGGUAUGUUUUCCUUAUGGGAAAUAUCGUGAAUGUGACAGAAGAUUGUGUAAAUACAUAUUGUGAAUAUCUCUGGUGAGUUUAAUGUGAGGCCAUAGUCAACACUCUCACUAGAGGCGUGACGGUAAACUACAUUUUAAGUAUUUUACUUUUAGCUUGUAUCGCCUGUUUCAUUUCAUACUGUACUUGUGUUUUAGUGUGACCAUACUCUUAUCUAAUGGUUUUAUAUAAAACAAGAGAUCCAGUUGCUUAAGGAGAGAAAUGUUAUACAAGCAAGAAACAUCAACUAUUUGGUUGCCUAUGAAAGUACUGGUAUAUAAUCAGUAUUCACAAUUGCAUAUAAUAGGACGCCUAAUGAAUGCAUACUCUAACUGCCACUAAAUGAAGGUAAUUUUGUGCUAACUGUGUGCUUAAAAGUCAUUGUUUUGUCUUCUAUUUUAAUAUCCUUUCACUUUUAUAUACAUUUUGAUAUGUUAAAACACGAUGAAAUGUUCCAUUACAGCUUUUUGUGCAAAUAUGUUAAAUUGUGUAACAUGCCUAAAGGUGUUUUUUUAUUAUUGUUAUUAUUAUUAUUAUUCUCUUUAAAACAUGCAAACGUG